AUGAAGCGACCGACAGAGACCAACCGUGUCGCCGUGAUUGGUGCCGGCAUCAGUGGCGUUGCGACGGCUGCGCACCUCCUCAAACAUGGCCUCGAGGUGACGGUGUUUGAGCGAUCCAGCACCUCGGGGGGCGUGUGGCACUUUGACGAACGAAGCGCACCCGAUCCACCAUUUCCCAACCUCAAACCGUCCGAUGGAGACUCUGUGUUUGGGCCGCAAUCGACAGACGUGGCAGCGACAUCAGAAGAGGAGGACCAGGGACACAAUGCAGCGCUGGGGGAAAUCUCGCACGCCCCGCCAGGGCCCUGUUAUGCCGGGUUGAUGAAUAACAUCCCCAUUCCGCUGAUGCAGACGUCGCUGAUGAGCUAUCCUGCGGGCACGACGGACCACCUGUCGCAUGACGUCGUGGAGCGUUAUAUCCAUGACAUCUCGCGAGCCACAGGCGCGGACAAGGUCAUCCAGUACAACAUCCGGGUUCUCGAUGUGCGGAAGCAAGGGUCCUCGUGGGUUCUCCAGACAACUGCGCUGCGGAAAGAGCCUGAUCGUCUGAAGUUCACCGGCGCGACUUACAACUUUGACGCUGUCGUGAUUGCGUCGGGUCAUUACAGCAUGCCGCGCGUGCCAGAUAUUCCUGGUCUGAGCACCUGGAAGCGUCUGUGGCCUGAUCGGGUGUGGCAUUCGAAGAGAUACCGGCAACCUGCUGCGUUCAAGGACAAGACGAUCCUGCUGAUCGGGGCGGGGGUAUCGUCGUCGGAUAUUGCAAAGGAGGCUGCUCCUAUCGCGAAGAUUUAUCAGAGCUCGAGAGGCGGAGUCCUCGAUCUCCCCACCAGUUUCCUCCCGGAGGGGACACUUCGAAUCGGGGGGAUCCAAUCCUUCGAACUCCCUCCUGCAGACUUUCAGCCAUCACAAGAAGGGCCGAUCCCGCUGGCUGUAACAUUGACCGACGGCACACGCCUGCAAGACAUCGACAUUGUGGUUGCUGCCACGGGAUACAUCACAUCGUAUCCGUUCCUGCGGCAUCUGCACUCGGACACGACCGCUGCGGCCAACGCGAGCCGCGAAAUGCUGGUAACUGCCGAGGGGGACAUGGUACACAAUCUCUGGCAGGACAUAUUCUACAUCCCUGACCCCACGAUGGCGUUUGUGGGCACGCCCCUGCAAGUCACGACGUUUUGCCUCUUCGACUUCCAAGCGCAGGUAGUCGCCCGCGUCUUUGCGGGCAAAGCGUAUCUGCCGGCGCAGGACGUGAUGCGGAAGGAAUACGAGGAUCGCCUCGCGCAGAGACGGACGGGCCGGGACUUCCACAGCCUCAGAAAGCGAGGCGCCGAGCAGGAUUACGUUGCGAGGUUGGUCGAGUGGAUGAACAAGGACGCAGCCGUAACGGGGACGGAGCACAUGCGCGGACACAGGCAGGAGUGGAUUGCGGCGUACGAGUCGAUGCAGGAGAAGUUUGCCUUCCUGCAGGUGACGGAGGACAAGCCACAGGGAGAAUCAGGGGCAUGGACACAGACAUUGUCGCCAGUAUCACAGGCACAGAUAUUAUCUGUUUCAUAA